AGUUUCGAGGAAAAUCGCGUCGCGCCAACUUGGGAAAUGCGUUGCGUCGUGUCCCGUGAAAAAUAAUCGAGACUAAAGGAUUAUUAUAACAAUAAUAAUAGACAUAGAUAGCAAACAAAGUGUGACCAAAGUGAUAUAUGUGUGCCUGUCGACCCGUCUAUUUGUAAAUCCGUUGCUAUUUUCGCCAUUUCUGUUGUGGCUAAUUAGUACAAAGUGUCGAGCAAUUUUCCGUCUCAAUUAAAGUGCUGCUAUAAUACCAUAGCCAUACCCUUUGCCAAAAAGCAUCCGUUAAACAAUGUGCGGUGAUGACUUAAUGAAAAGUUAAUACGUCUUUGAAUAAUUGCAGCAAAUUGAAAUAUUAAUUGUUCAACAUUUAUUUCGAGUGCGAAAAGUUUGUCUCUAUCUCGCUAUAUUGGCAUUGCCUGGCUAAAAAUACAAGAAAGUCCACAGCUAUACAAGAGAUAUAACAACAAGUUUUAUUUAUUGCCUAAAUAUAUUUGUAUAUUUUGUGUGUUUUUGUGUCCCGUCCUCCAUAAAGACGCCCAGGCAAAGGCGUAUAAUUUUCUAAAUUCUUGUGCUAGUAACACUUUCAGCACCAGCAAAAAGUCAAGCCAUUAAAAAAUAUAUAUCGUGCUAAGGAAUCGCAAAAAAACAACAAGAUCAACACACCAGCAGAACAUAAAAAAUUAAUAAAAAAGAAGGCAGAAACAAAAACAAAGGCCGAAUAAAUAAUCCAACAAUAUGUCGGCGUCUACGCGAAGUUCGGUGACGAGAAAAUCGUCGCUAUCCAAAAGUUCUAGUACCGACAAAUCCACAAAGUCCUCGGCGAAUUCCUCAAAGACCGCGACAACCGCCAGUGGAAACAAACAGAAAAUGCAGUACACAAAAACCAGGGAGCGCAUGGUCGAUGACGUUCCCCUGCCACCCGCCCACAAACUGACCAUGUCAGAGGUAUACGAUGAUCCCAAGACCGGAAAGCCCAACUUCGACGCCCUGCGUCAGCACUUCCUGCUGGAAGGACGAAUCGAGGAGGCGGUGGCCCUUAGGAUCAUCACCGAAGGAGCCGCCCUGUUGCGCGAGGAGAAGAACAUGAUCGACGUGGAGGCACCCAUUACCGUGUGCGGGGAUAUCCACGGUCAGUUCUUCGAUCUCGUUAAGCUGUUCGAGGUGGGUGGUCCACCGGCCACCACCAGGUACCUUUUUUUGGGCGACUACGUGGACAGGGGUUACUUCAGUAUAGAGUGCGUUCUUUAUCUGUGGUCUCUGAAAAUAACCUACCCCACCACACUUUCCCUGCUGCGAGGAAAUCACGAGUGCAGGCACCUCACAGAGUACUUUACCUUCAAGCAGGAAUGCAUCAUCAAGUAUUCGGAAAGUAUUUACGACGCCUGCAUGGAGGCGUUUGACUGCCUGCCCCUCGCCGCCCUCCUGAAUCAACAGUUCCUCUGUAUUCACGGUGGUCUGUCGCCUGAGAUUUUCACACUCGACGACAUCAAGACGUUAAAUCGCUUCAGGGAACCACCGGCUUAUGGACCCAUGUGCGAUCUUCUCUGGUCCGAUCCUCUGGAGGACUUUGGCAAUGAAAAAACCAACGAGUUUUUCUCCCACAACUCGGUUCGUGGCUGCUCCUACUUCUUCAGCUACUCGGCCUGUUGUGAGUUCCUGCAGAAGAACAACCUCCUGUCGAUAGUCAGGGCCCAUGAGGCUCAAGAUGCUGGUUACCGCAUGUAUCGUAAGAACCAAGUUACGGGCUUCCCCUCGCUGAUUACUAUUUUCUCCGCCCCUAAUUAUCUGGAUGUUUACAACAACAAGGCAGCUGUGCUCAAGUACGAGAACAACGUAAUGAACAUCCGCCAGUUUAAUUGCUCACCCCAUCCCUACUGGCUGCCCAACUUCAUGGACGUUUUCACAUGGUCGCUGCCCUUCGUGGGCGAAAAGGUGACCGAGAUGCUGGUGAAUAUCUUGAACAUUUGUUCUGACGAUGAGUUAGUGGCCGGACCCGAUGACGAGCUGGAGGAAGCUUCCAUGUCGGCGCUGCGCAAAGAGAUAAUACGGAAUAAGAUACGGGCCAUCGGCAAGAUGUCGCGCGUCUUCUCCAUCCUCAGGGAGGAAUCGGAGAGCGUGCUCCAGCUGAAGGGUCUGACGCCCACGGGCGCCUUGCCAGUGGGCGCUUUGUCCGGCGGAAGGGAUUCCCUCAAGGAGGCUCUGGAAGGACUGACCGCAUCCUCGCACAUUCACUCCUUUGCGGAGGCCAAGGGCCUGGAUGCGGUCAACGAACGGAUGCCGCCGCGCCGUCCGCUUUUGAUGAGUGCCAGCAGCAGCAGCAUCACCACGGUCACAAGGAGCAGCAGCAACACUAGCAACAGCAACAGCAACACUGGCAACAGCAACAGCAACACUAGCAACACGACGACAAAGGACGUCAGCAACAUCAGUAGUAAUGACACCACAACCGUAACCAAAACGAGCCGGACUGUUAAAUCGGCCACCACCAGUAAUGUGCGGGCAGGAUUCACCACCAAGAAGUUCUCAUAGUGGAUUCUCAGGGUGGCCGCCUGCUUAAUACUAUUUUUUAUUAUUUUCGUUUCGACUUUCUGUUACCCAUUUAGUUUUACUCCUCGUUAAGGUAAGGUCAGGCUCGCAAAUAAAUUCACACAAACUGUUCUAAAAAUAAUGAUUAUAAAAAUUCUUCAAAAGAUGUCUUAAAGUAUACAUGAAAUAACAAGUAUACCCUAUAAUUUGUGCCAAUUUAUUUGAGAGUAUGACCUUAGCUUUAGUUAAAAUUUUAUACAAAAAACUUUCUCUAAUGCUAGUCAAAACCAAACAAAAAGAAUGUGACCUGCAAUUGUACAGCUUUCGAUUGUAUUUGCUCACUUUAUAGAAUCUCUCCGCGAAAACCCCCAGGCGAUAUUAGUAAAAAUGCAUAGCUGAUAUGAAAAACAGUUUAAUAAAAAUGGCUGCAAAUAGCUAAAAGUU